AAUUUGAACUGUGGUCGUGGCACCAAGGUAACGCUGAGAUGGAGUGAAGCACGAGAGAUCGUAGAGAACGUUGCUUCGUAAUAUUUCUGAUCGGAAAACUUGUUAUAAUUUUCUCCAACCGGCAUUUGCGAUUUUAUUUUUAUUUGUAUUGUGUAUAAAAUGCUGCCGAGACGACGUGUCAUUGAUCUUCUGCAAGUCAUCUCAACUCAAUCAUGCAGAUGUCCAGCACACGGAAAUCCAGGAGCUAGCAGCGUAAGAAAUCACGAAAAAACACGAAGUACUGCGACAAAUGUUACGCCCGACAAGGAGUAUGCAUUUGAGAUGGCUUGUUCUACCAUAAGAUAUGGAGUAGGAGUAACGAGAGAAGUAGGAAUGGACAUACAAAAUUUAGGAGCGAAGAGAACAUGUCUAAUGACUGAUCCUAAUUUGGUGACUUUAGCUCCUGUAAAAACUGCUAUUGAUAGUCUUGCCAAGUAUGGUAUUCAAUUCGAGAUUUAUGAUAAAGUACGCGUGGAACCAACAGAACAAAGCUUACAAGAUGCGAUCAAGUUUGCCAAGUGUGGAAAUUUCGACGCUUUUAUAGCGGUUGGCGGUGGUUCCGUGAUGGAUACCUGCAAAGCGGCAAAUUUAUAUAGUUGCGAUCCAGACGCCGAAUUCUUAGAUUAUGUAAACGCGCCGAUCGGGAAAGGGAAACCUAUUCAGGUACCUCUGAAACCGCUUAUCGCCAUUCCGACAACCUCUGGUACCGGUUCUGAGACAACUGGAGUAUCUAUUUUUGAUUAUAGACCGCUAAAGGCGAAAACGGGAAUUGCGAACAGAGCCCUACGUCCAACAUUGGGAAUCAUCGAUCCCCAACACACCUUGACUCUACCAGAGAGAGUGUGCGCGUAUUCCGGUUUUGAUGUGCUCUGUCACGCUUUAGAAUCUUUCACGGCAAUACCCUAUACAGAAAGGACACCGUGCCCAUCAAAUCCGAUUCUGAGACCAGCCUAUCAAGGUAGCAAUCCUAUCAGCGAUGUCUGGGCGCGUUAUGCUCUACAAAUUAUGCGCAAAUACUUUGAGCGAGCGGUUUAUAAUUCAAACGAUUUGGAAGCAAGAAGUAAUAUGCUCUUAGCGAGCACAAUGGCAGGCGUUGGUUUUGGAAACGCUGGUGUUCAUCUUUGUCAUGGACUUUCAUAUCCCAUUAGCGGAAACGUUCGAAAUUUUCAGCCAAAGGACUAUAGCAACGAUCAUCCUAUAAUUCCUCACGGCUUAUCUGUAGUGAUUUCCGCGCCAGCCGUCUUUUCCUUUACCGGAAGCGCGUGCCCAGAAAGGCAUUUGGAAGCUGCAGAAUUACUCGGCGUAAAUGUUAAAAAUGCCAAACGGGCUGACGCCGGAAAAAUUCUGGCCGACACGGUAAAAGAAUAUAUGAGCGUUAUGAAAAUUGAAAACGGCUUGACGGAGCUCGGUCUCAAGAAAGAAGACAUCCCUACUCUAGUUCAAGGAACAUUGCCUCAGCAUCGCAUCACAAAAUUAGCACCUCGAGAACAAUCAGAAGAAGACCUCACGCAAUUAUUUGAAAAUUCAUUUACCAUCUAUUGAUAAAAUUUAUAUAUGUUAUAAUUACUACAAUUACUUAAUGUUUAAUUGUACAUAUUAUCAGAAAAUUGUAAUUAAUAAAGAUUCUAUUUGUUAUACCAAGAAAACUAA